AGCAGGAAGAGCCGAACCGGGAGAGGAGUAAGAGGAGUGGCGCGCAGAGGAGAGGCGAGAGCGGCCUGGAAGCCUCAUCCUCGUCCUCCGGUCGCUGAGCCUCGUGAGGCGCCGUCUUCUUUCUCAGCCGCGCGAAGAGCCCCUGGCGAGGAGGCCCAGCGCGAAGGCGGCCAAGGCGCCUUCGCCCCACUUCGCUUCCCCUCCACUCUCGAGAACAACAUAGAACAAAGACAAGAGCUUGCAAUCUAGUCUUAGACAGACAACAAUGGAAGGAGCAAAAGAUGUGAGCCGAGUGUGAGCAGAUGCAGUUGCAGUUACAGGGGUUUCAUUUCAGAUGACUCCAGCAGCGGAUGCAGGACCAGCUGAAGUAUGUGAGGAGUUGGACCAGGUCAUCCUCCACCUUUUUGAUACUCUGGAGAUGCUCCAGACCAAGAGGAAAGCUUUUAACAGCUUGAUAGAGCAGGGUUGGUUCUCGCUCUCCAAGUCCCGCUAUGCCAUGGGUAACAAAUCUGUCUCUCCCCUUCAGUAUGGACAUCAGAUGACUCCAAUGGUUCAGGUGAAAACUAGUAAGAAAUACAAUGGUCAGAUGGAGUUUCAUAUAGUCUCAGAGGAUGUGACGGCUGCCAAACCAACAGCUACGGAUGCUGUGGAGGAAAUUGGCCCUAGUGAGCAAGUUCUACGAUGGCGAAAAGGUCCAGGGAAAGCACAGGCUCCAGCCCAGCCCCCAAAGGCCUCCCACAAGGCUGCUGAGGGAUCAGGGCAUCAAAAUCCCCUGACGUGGUUUGGAAUCCUUGUGCCCCAAAGCCUCCGACAAGCCCAAAGGACUUUCCAAGAAGGAAUUCAACUGGCUGCAGAAAUCGCCUCAUUGCAGAGUGACAUUGAGACCACACAGAGACAUUACCAUGCAUUGCUGGGGGAAAAGCACAAACUUGUAGCAAGGGAAAAGCAACGCUGCCCUUGAACAGCUAUGACCAUCUCUCCGCUGAGAAUGGGACCUGGGAUGCAUCCCAGAAGCCGCUUGCUCCAUGUGUAUUUUUAGCUGUACUUAAUAAAUAAGGGCUUCAGAAAUGUCGGAAACCUUGUUUGUGGAGAUCUGUGUCUUGGUGCUUUUUGAAAUGCUGGUCAACCUUGUCCAGAGUCUUACUCUCAUCCUGCCUUUUCCAUACUUCUCAAGAUCACGUUAUAAUACGAUUGUAGGUUUUUUCCUCUUAUUUUUGUAUGUUUUCAAUCAGUGAGGGGGAUGUCUUUGAAACAGAUAAAUAUCCAGUAUUGACUCUUUUCUGCAAGCACUGUUUAAAAUCCUUUGGGCUUCAGUAGCUGAGGUCUAACUGAGAUGAGAUAGAUAGGGACUAUUUUAUA